AUGUCUCUUAAUCGUUCUCUCCCACGCAAUGUGCUCUUUUACGAUGCUACCAAUCCUGACGAGUCUCUUGGGGGGCUUGUCCAGAAUGGGUCUAUAACUGAGACAAACUUUCUCGACAUCCUCGGGAUCCUGCUUGUGGUUAACGGAAGUCCUCUCCGUGUUGAGGGGAGGGGAUCAAACCAUAUAGUAUCUAGAACGGAUGUGCCUCUUCCAGCGGGGGUAUACGAUAUUCAUUGCGAGGGUAUGUGCUAUAUUUCCCUCAUUUGAAAGUCCCCGACAUGUUUUAGCACCAAAAUACGGGGGCAAAAAUUGUGUGGCAAAUUGUCUGUGGACCCGAGCAUCGGUACCAAAUUCAGUUUCACGUUCGGGUUCUUCAUACUGGGAUCUGUACUAGGCGGCCCAAUUGCUAACUUUGCCAGCCUCUAUCCAAGUCAGUGAUGAGCCUUGGAUAUCCCGGAUGAUUUCCCAUAAUGUCACCGGUAGGGAAGAUCGAUUCCGCCAUGAAAUUCGCAAUCGGGACAACAAAUGUGUUCUUUCAGGACUUACAAAUACUGAAAUCCUUAUCCAGGCCAAUAACUGGAGUGGUUUCCAAGCUGCCCAUAUUUUUCCUCUCGAGCACGAAAGUUUAUGGAUUCGGUUUAAUUAUGGGCGAUGGAUCACAGACAUGGACAAUACUCCUGGAUCCUCGAAGAUCAACUCAUGUCAAAAUGG